AUGUCCGCGGCAAACAGAGGCCCCAGCAACGCGGCCAGGCGCAAGAGGGCUCGCGAUGAAGAUGAGGACGACAUCAUGUCAUCGUCGCCCGCGGCGAUACCUUCAUCGCCCCCUUUACUACCCACGAAUGAGAACGAGGAUGACCUUGAUGACGACUUGGAUCCAGAAGACGACCUCAUCGGAGACAUUGAUGAUGCAGACGAGAUGGCAGAGGACGAGGACGGCAUCGACUUGUUCGGUGACAAUUUCAUGAACGACGAGCGUGAACGACGCGAGCAAGAAACAUACCAAGGCCGUAUGAUUGACGAUGAAGGCGAUUACGACGACCUUGACCUCGCUUCCCGCCGACAAUUGGAGGCAAGACUUAACAAACGCGAUCGCGAGCUGGCUCGUCGACGUCGCAUGCCCGCUGCAUUUAUGCCGGAUGACGACGACGAUGCAGGCAUCGAUUUGACUAGACAGCCUCGCAGACGACGACAUCACUAUGACGAGGACCAGGACGACAUGGAUAUCGAUGAAAACAUCAUGGAAGAAGAAUUGUCCUUGGAGACGUUGCAGGACGUCAAGGCCUCGAACAUCACCGAAUGGGUGACCGUGCCUUCUGUGAUGAAGACGAUCGCCCGCGAGUUCAAAUCUUUCCUGACGGAAUACAUCGAUGCAAACGGGACGUCCGUCUACGGCACCCGGAUCCGCACCUUGGGCGAGGUCAACUCCGAGUCUCUCGAGGUCUCGUACGACCAUCUGGCUUCGACAAAGGCCAUCUUGGCUUACUUCCUGGCCAACGCACCCUCGGAAAUGCUCAAGAUUUUUGACAAGGCCGCCUUCGAGGUCGUCCGCCUGCACUACCCAAACUACGAGCUUAUACACCCUGAGAUCCAUGUCCGCAUCUCCGAUCUCCCAGUCCAGUACACGCUGAGACAAUUGCGCCAGUCGCACCUCAAUUGCCUGGUCCGCGUGUCGGGUGUCGUCACCCGCCGCACUGGUGUCUUUCCGCAGCUCCAGAUGGUCAAAUUCCGGUGCCAGAAGUGCGGCGUCACGCUUGGCCCCUUCGCUCAAGAAUCCACGUCCGCCGAGGUGAAACUGACCUUCUGCCAAGCCUGCCAGUCCCGAGGGCCCUUCACCCUGAGCACCGACAAAACUGUGUAUCGAAACUACCAGAAACUGACGCUGCAGGAAUCUCCCGGGACAGUGCCUGCGGGUCGGCUGCCGCGCCACCGAGAAGUCAUCCUCCUGGCUGAUCUGAUCGACAAGGCCAAGCCCGGUGAGGAAGUCGAUGUCACGGCCAUCUACCGCAACAACUACAGCGGGCAGCUCAACAAUAAGAACGGAUUCCCCGUUUUUGCGACAAUGCUAGAAGCGAACCAUGUGGUCAAAACGCACGACCAACUGGCCGGCUUCCGACUCACAGAAGAGGACGAACGGCAGAUCCGCGCGCUCUCCAAGGAUCCCAAUAUUGUGGACAAGAUCGUCGACUCGAUCGCCCCGUCCAUCUACGGCCACAGAGACGUGAAGACCGCAGCGGCGCUUUCCCUCUUCGGCGGCGUCAGCAAAGAAGCACAAGGGAAGCACAAAAUCCGCGGCGACAUUAAUGUCCUCCUCCUCGGUGACCCAGGAACCGCCAAAUCACAGGUCCUAAAGUAUAUUGAGAAGACGGCGCACCGUGCCGUCUUCGCGACUGGCCAGGGCGCAUCGGCAGUUGGUUUGACGGCAUCUGUGCGCAAAGAUCCCUUGACGCAAGAAUGGGGACUCGAAGGCGGGGCUCUUGUCCUCGCAGACAGGGGAACCUGCUUGAUUGACGAGUUCGACAAGAUGAAUGACGCAGACCGCACGAGUAUUCACGAGGCGAUGGAACAGCAAACCAUAUCCAUUUCCAAGGCCGGCAUCGUCACCACCCUGCAGGCGAGGUGUGCGAUCGUGGCGGCCGCCAAUCCCAAGGGAGGCCGCUAUAACGGGACCGUCCCGUUCAGUCAGAACGUGGAACUCACCGAGCCGAUUCUCUCGAGGUUUGACAUCCUGUGCGUGGUGAGGGACACGGUCGAUCCCGCCGAGGACGAGCGGCUCGCGAAUUUCGUGGUCAACAGCCACGGGCGCGCCCAUCCCGCGAAGAUUGAAACAGACGAGGAAGGGAAUACCGUGCCCAUGCGAGACGAUCCCGAGACGCAGAACGUGGCCAAGAACGACGACCAGCCGCAGCAAGAGGGCGCCAUUCCUCAGGAGUUACUGAGGAAAUACAUCCUAUACGCACGAGAGAAGUGCCGGCCCAAGCUAUACCAGAUCGACCAGGACAAAGUCGCAAGAUUAUUUGCCGAUAUGAGGCGAGAGUCGUUGGUCACAGGGGCGUAUCCCAUUACGGUCCGCCAUCUCGAGGCAAUAAUGCGCAUCGCCGAGGCGUUCUGCAAGAUGCGGCUGUCGGAUUUCUGCUCCUCGCAGGACAUUGACCGCGCCAUUGCCGUGACGGUGGACUCGUUUGUCGGGAGCCAGAAGUUGAGUUGUAAGAAGGCUCUGGCGAGAGCAUUUGCAAAAUAUACAUUGAAAAGACCGGAGAGGCAGCGAACGAGAGCCCAAGGGCGGGGUGCCGGGGCGAGUGCUGCAGCUUAG